AAAACAACAACAGCAACGACAAAGAUAACAAAAAGAACGACAAAUUUAAUCGUUAAAAUAUGAAAAUUACGUAUAAACAACAGCAGCAACAACAACAACAAAUGGAAGAAGAAACGCUUUGAAGAAUCAGCAUUCCAAUUGGAGAGCAGAUUAAAGAGACAAUCGAUCCAUGUUGUGACAAUAACAGCAAAUACAGCAAUAAGAGAAAUACAACUAUAAGAAGAAGAAACAACCGCAAACUUUGUACUUUAACAUGAACAAAAAUGCCGGCGAUGGCAGCGGCAACGAUGGCAAAAACUCAAACAAUCAUGGUGUUGGCAAGGGGGGCGGCGGUGGCUCGAGCGGGGGUGGUGGCGGCGGCGGUGCCGGUGGUGCUGGCGGCGGACAACACGAUCCAACCGGACUGCUAGAUGCGGCCUCUAUUUUUGCGUAUUGGGGCCGUGAUCCGACUGGGGCUGCAGCAGCAGCUGCAUCGAAUCCGCUGUUUAAUUCACAGUUCAAUGCGGCCGCCGCUGCCGGCUUGGGUCUGCUGCCAAAUGCUGCGGGCGCAGCAGCUGCCGCUGCCAAUGACCGUUACUCAUCGAUGGCAGCGGCAGCGGCAGCAGCGGCCGGCGCCCAUCAUCAUCAGAACACAAUGGCCGUUGCGGCCUCACAGGCCGCCAGUUUAGCGGGUUUGCAUCCAGCAAGCUGGUGGUCCAUGGCUCAACUGGCCGCUCAGGACUAUUUUAGUCGACUGCAGGCAUCGGGCCUGUCACCGUUUCCCCAUCCCGAUCUGGCCGCUGCUUUUGGACCCGCCGCCAUGGCCAUGGGCGCCGGCGGCACUGGCUCCACUGGCGGUGCGGGUGGUGCUGCUGGCAUGGUUGGCGUUGGUGCUGGCAGUGGAGGUGGCGGUGGUGGCGGCAGCAGCAACAGCUCCAGCAGCAAGUCGAACAAAUCGCGCAAGGAGAAAAGGGCCGCCCAGCAGCAGCAGCAACAACAGCAGCAACAGCAACAGCAGCAACAACAGCAACAGAAUCUGGCCAACAGUCUGAAUGCAGCGGCAGCAGCAGCAGCCGCAGCAGCUGCCAAUAAUCCCGCCGCAGCGUUGGCCAGCAUGCAUGGCUUUGGACUGCCCGGCACCAGCAGCAUGUCCCAAUCGGUGAGCAGCGCCUCCAUUUCAACGAGCAGCGCCAGCCAUGGUGGCUACAAGAGCACGGCGAGUGCAUAUGGGAAACCAUCGACGAUGACGAGCAGCGGUGGGGGGAGUAUUAGCAGUAUUGGCAGCAAUCCGGGAUCCGCUUACGAUCCGGUCACGCUGCACAAGGAGCUGUUGGCCAUGCAGGCCGUUGCAGCAGCGGCCUCCGGCUCGGGAGGAGUGGGUGGCAUGUCGGGUCUGGGCGGCGGCAGUGGCUCCAACAGUUCCUCGAGCAAAAAGUCGAGCGGUGCUGGCGGCGGCGGCGGCGGUCACGCUCACGGUCUAUCCAAUUUGGCCAUGAGUUUGGGUGCAACAGUGGGCAACAGUGGCAGCGGUGGUGGCAACAACAGUGGUGCUGGCCUCAUGUCCAGCAGCAAGUCAUCGACCAAUGUCAGCUCCAGUUCCAGUUCGUUGGCCGGCAUCCAUCCAGGAAUGUCGAUGUCCCCGCAUGCCAGCAUUUCGGGCAGCGGCUCGGGCAAGGAUCGCGAUCGGGAUCGAGAUCGUGACAAGAAUAAUCCCUCGCUGAAUGCGCUCAACUCGCUGUCACAGUUCGGUGCACUGGGAAUGACGCCACAGCAGAGCAUGCAGGCGGCAAUGAAUGCAUUUGCAGCGAGUACGGGUGUCUCACCCAGUGCCACGGUCACCUCAUCCGCACAUCCCUCCCAACAGCAGCAGCAGCAGCAACAACAGCAGCAACAGCAGCAGCAACAGCAACAAUUGCCCAUCACAACGCUGGCUGGUGGCAGUGGCAAUGGCUCUAAAAAUAGUAGCAAGGAUUACAUGAGCAAUGCGGCCAUGAUGAGCAGCAGUGAACAUCCAUCGCUGUUGGGUGUGCGUCUGCCGCCGGAUACGGAGAUCAUUAAAUAUACGUCCUCCAUCGUGGGACCCAAGAUACCUGGUAGUACUUCUCGUGGUCGCAAGAAGACCAUUUCUGAAACAGAACAACAACAACAACAAGCCACACAGAAACAACAACAACAACACCAAGCAGAACAACAGCAACAACAACAACAACACCUUACACAACAACAACAGCAGAAGGAUUUAGAAAUGCAAACAACAAAUGCAAUUUCUUCUCUGCUUUCAUAUUCAGGGCUCAGUCCGGCGAAGCGUGCCCGUCUGGAAAUGGAAUACGCCGCAAUGGCAGCCGCCGCACAACAGCAACAACAUCUGCACGGCAUGCUGGGUGCAGCAGCCGGGAUGUCGGGCAUGGGUUUGGGCAUGACCACCAUGGAUCAGUUGAGUCAGGUGUCGAAGGCGGCACAGGCAGCGGCCACCGCCUGCGCAACGUCGGCAGCAUCGAUGGUAACGAGCAGCGCUGGCCAGAGUCACAGCGGCGGCAGCAGCAGUCACAGCAGUGGCGGUGCUGGUCACAGCAGUGGUCAGAAUACCCAGCAGUCCAGCAGUGAUCGGGUGGAGGUGAUCAAGUUGCCACCGACAAUCACCUCGAAUGGCGCCUACAAUCUGUCCAGCAAGGGUUGCGGCGGCAAGGAGUUGCAUGACCUCACCACAGAUCCAUCGCUUGCCUCCGGCGUCAAUCUCAGCUUGAAGUCGAGUGCGAUGCCGGCCAGCGGUGCCAUUGGCUCGGCCUCGAAUCCCAUAACCAUCGAUGAUUUCGAUGCGCCACUCAAUCUGUCAAUGAAACCCUCGGACAAGAGCAGCACCAGCAGCAGCAGCAAUAACAAUAGCAACACUCUCAAUCCAACUGGAGCAACUGGCUCCUCCGUUGCCGGCUCAUCGUCGCUGGGCCUGCCUGGUGAUUAUCAGGCACAGCAGAGCGGUGGCAAUGGCGUCAAUAGUCUGCAGAGCUUGAGCUCCAUUACGGCCGCCUUGGGUGGCAAUGGUGGCAUGCCCGGUGGUAGCAUUUCGGGCAGCGGUAGCGGUGCUGGCGGUGCUUCACCAUCACCCGGUUUAGGUGUUGGUGGCAUGCCCGGCAUCGGCUCGGGCGGCACAUCGAAUUCGGGCUCGGGUUCCGGUUCGGGUUCUUCAUCGGCGGCGUACAAGGAGGGCCGUCCACGGAAUUUGGGUCGUGGCGUCUCCAAGCCCAAGAAGAAUACGGUUGCCUCGCUGCUCGCCCAAUCGCGAGCCGUUGGCCUGAAGCCGAUGCUGGCGACACAGCAGCUGCUGCAACAGGGCGCCGAUAUCGAGAAGAUACGACUGGCGCUCAGCGAGGCGAAUGCCCACAUGGAAACGUCAACGGAUUCGGAGAGUGUGGCCGCUGAGAGUGGUCUCUCCGAGUCGGAGAGCGAGGAUGCCAACAUCUUGAAUGUGGCCGAGUUGCGGGUGCCACUGGAGCUCGGCUGGAAGCGGGACACCGUCAUCAGGGGCUUAACCAAACAGGGCCAGAUACGUGGCGAGGUCACCUACUAUGCGCCGGGCAGCACCCUGCCCCUGAAGACCAUUGGCCAAGUGUUUGCUUUGUUGGAGCAGCAGCCGUCGAGUUUGACGCGUGAGAAUUUCAGUUUCUCGGCAAGGGCGAUUGUUGGUUCAUUUUUGCAGCCAGCGCCGCCGCCUUAUGCCAACGAUGGCGAAUACAUACGGAUGACGGACGAGGAUGUGGCCAAGCGGCUGGAGGAUCUGAAGGUGUUCACGCGCCAAACGCUCAACGUGGAGCAGCGCAUCGAGAUUGCCAAGCAGCAGCAGGCGAUGCGCGAUGCCAAGAAACAGCAGAAGGAGGAGUUGGCACGCAACAAGGAGAAGGCGCGCCAGGAGAAGAACGCCAAACUGGAGCAGCAGCGCAAGGAGAAGGAACUCAAAAAUCAACAGGCCAUCGAGGAGCGCAAGAAGCGUCAGGAGGAGCUGGAUCGUCUCAAACAGGAGGAGUUGCUCAAGAAGCAGCAGGAGAAAGAGAAGCGACGUCAGGAAGCAAUUCUAGCUAAAGAACAGGAACUCCAGAAGCAAAAGGAGCUGCUGCUGGCUGCUGAAAUGGAACGGGAACGUCGUCGCCAGCACAUGAACCUCAUUCGAAUGCUCGAGUUGCGUCGCAAAUUCGAGGAGCGUGAGAAGAAGAAGCAUCAGUUGGUAUUGGAUCGCCUGAUACUGCGAGAGCGUCGCAUGGCGGAGCGUAAACGAGACGCAGAGAUUCUCCAGUUGAUACGCAAACCGAACGAGGAUUCGGAGUUGCCGCAGGAGUUGUCUGUGCCGGAACUGGAGCGCAUUGCUGGCAAUCGUCUACCCGGCCAGGCAAUGGCCGAUCUCCUGAUGGUCUUUGAGUUCCUUCACAAUUUCGGUGAGACGCUCGGCUUUGAUAUGGAAUCGCUGCCAUCGCUGCAGAAUCUGCACGACGCCCUCAUCAGCGACAGCAAUGCGGACGCCGAGGAGGAGCUGUUGUCGGUGAUGACCCACCUGUUGGUCUGUGCCAUCGAGGAUCCGGGUGUACCGAAUCCGGGACGCCACACCACGCUGCUGGGUCAAUCUCUGCGCAAUGCGGACAUCACCAAUUCGAAUGUAUCGGAAAUACUGCGCAUCUAUCUGUAUGCCACGGCCACCGGCGAGAUACGUCAGAUGCACGGCAUCACCGUGGACAGAGAGCGAGAGCGUCGUGUGCCCGACCAUCAUCAGGUGGAUGCCGACACGGCGACGCAUUCGGCCAAGAAUCACGAGUACUACAAGCUGCUGCACGAGAACGAUACGUGGAAGUUAUCACAUGCGUUGAAGGAUCUGCCCUUUGUCGCACGGAAUCCGACGAGGAAGGCACAGAUAUUGGCCUACCUCUGCAAUGAUCUGCUGAUGAACAAGGCGGUGCUGCGACAGAUCGAUGGCAGUCUGGAGACAUGCGCCCAGAUGCGCAAGGAGAAGUACAUGACGGACAUGAAGGUGCGCAAAUACAAGGCGCUCCAUCAGCGCAAGGCGCGCAUCGAGGCCUACGAGAAGGCCCAAGCGGAACGGGAGGCCACCAUGCAAGCUCUGUUCGCCCAACAGAAGCUCGACGCGGAACGGGAACAGGAACGUCUCGCCAAGUUGGCCGAGGCCGAAGCAGCCGAAGCGGAGGCCUGCAAACAACUGGCAAAUGCCGCCUCGAAUGAGGCGACAACUGAUGGCACAGCUGCUCCAACGGAUGGCAUCUGCAGCGUUGAUUUGAACAGUAGCGAGGAGAAAUCUCUCGAAGAGCACAGCAAGCAGGAUCAGCAGUUGACGGGGGCAGCAGCAGCAACCACAACUGCUGACACGGAGCAGGCAACGCAGCCCAUGGAAGUGGAUGCAGAUGCUCCAUUGUUGACCAGCAACACAAUCACAACACCUGCUCCAACAAAAACAACAGUAGUGGGGGGUGAUGCAAGUAUGACGUCAUUGCUGCCACAGGCCAAGAAGAGCAGCGCACGCAACUCGAUCAAUGAGGAUGGACACACGCAGAGCCACGAUGUGAGCAUCAUUGAGGAUGAUCUCUCCGAUCUGGACUCGGAGAUCACCAACGUCGAGGAGGACGAGGAUAAUCGCCUGAAUGCCGACGAGUUGCAAAAGAAGCUCGACAAGAUUGUGCGCGCCUCGCUCAACUGUAAGGAGGCGCUGGAGAAGAGCACCAAUCACUUGAGGGCCGCCUGCUUUGGACAGGAUCGGUUCUGACGACGCUAUGAGGCCCUGGAAUCGGCACAGAAUGACAUCUGUGGCUAUCAAGAGGCACUCGAGUCCAUGGACGAUGAGAAGCAUGAGAAAUUAAACAAUGAGCAGAAGAUGGACGACAAGGAUGUUCCAGAUGAAGAGCCACAGUCAGCGAAUCCAACAGCAGGCGCAGAAGGAGCAGCAGCCGCCGCAGAGCCAAUGGAACCAACGAAUCAUCAGGCGGUCAAUCCAGUCGAGGAUGAGGAUGACGAUGAUGAUGACGAUGUGACGGAGAUUAACAAAGUGGAGCCUGAAAUUGUCGAUCUGGGCGAUGAUGAUGAUGAUGACGAGGUCGUGUUGCCACCCGCAGAGCCACCAAUUGUGGCAAGGCCCGAGAUUAAGGUCAAAUCGGAAAUGGAACUGAUGGGACCACCGCCCACCGUCAUCUCGACGAAAACGGACUUCGAGGCCGAGAUCAAGAUACCCACCAUACCCGGCCUGAUGAUACCCACCCUCAGCAACAACAACAACAAUAACAACAACAUGAGCAACAACAACAAUAACAACGACAACAACAGCAACAUUGGCAGCAACGGCAACUGUGAUAAGCUUGAGCCAGUGGGUUUGGAUGAUCUGAAGAAGGAGGAUGACUGCAUCAUAGUGUCAGCAACGCAUCCCAGCGAAGAUACCACACCCAAAUGGUUCUCGAUAGUGAAGCGCGAGGUGCCGCUGAUCAGUGAGCUGCCGCCGGAGGAGGGUGGCUGUGUGGCAAUGGAACUGCAGCACAGCUACGCCAGCUAUCAGCACUGCAGUGCCCAGCUGCAGUUGCAGGGGCAUCCCUGGGAUCUGAUCAACAACAUGCAGUACUACAGCAUACCCAUGGAGGAGUGCAAGGUGGAUCCCACGAAGUUCAGUCAGGAGUGCAUCUUUACGCUGUCCGGCCUCGAUGAGAAACAGAUGCAGGCCAAGCUCGAUGAGUACGAGUUGGCCAAGUUAACAGCCAAAGCAGCUGCAGCAAAAGUCAACGAAACAACAGUGUCAAAAAACGGUCUGGGUUCUCCUCAUCGUUGCCAGCCAACUGAUGAGGAGCAGCAGCAGCCGCAGCCGAAGCAGCUUUCCAAAACCGAACCGGAUGCGUUUUUUCGUUUGCGCACUGAUGCCGCACCGGACACGGGCGGGGGGAGUGACAGCAGCGUUGUUGCAACAGCAGCAACGGCAGCAGCAGCAGCAACUGUGGAGAUAAAGCCCAAGAUUGAGCUGCGUCUGGAUGAGGCACUGUCCCAGGCCUACUAUCACAACAUAGCCAACAUGUCGCUGAGUUCGGUGCAGACCUACAUACCCAUCGACAUCCCAUUGCCACUCUCGAUGACCCCGGAUGAGCAUCGUCUGUUGGAGCAGGUAAAACUGGCCGGAUUUCCGGAUAAGGUGCAUGGUGUGUAUGUGCCGCGACGGCAACGCUACGGCUGGUGGCAACUGAACGACGAACAGAAGCUGCGACAACUGCUGAAGACGCUAAAUCCAUCCGGUUUGCGGGAACGCGAACUCCAGGAGAAUCUGAUGCGAUUCCUGGGACUCGAGCAGCCGCUGGGCGUCAACUAUCAGCUGAAGGCGGCGAGCAGCGACAACCAAUGCGAACUGGCCGACUAUAUGCUGCCCGACAGACCAGCCGAUUGGAAUCCGAAUGUGGCCAGGCGUGUGGAGCUGGCACUGUUGGAGCAAUUGGAAUCGCUGGAGGAUAAGAUAGCCAGUGCCUCCAUGCAGCUAAAGAACUGGCAGCUGCCGACGCGCAGCGAGAACGAAGUGAAUCUCGCCGAACUCGAAGAGCUGUCGGAGGCCGACUUUGUCAGCAUCAUACCCAUGAUAAGGGAACGCAUCAUUGAUCUGGAGGCGAACAUUGAGCGACGCUAUCUGAAGCCGCCACUCGGCUCCCAGACGGGUGAUGCUCAUCUCGCCGUCAUUGCCCAGAAUCAGCAGACGUCGACGCAAACGCAGAACUCUGCCUCUGCCGCUGCCUAUCUGUUGCAAAUGCAACAGCAGCAGCAGCAACAGCAGCAGCAGCUGAUGGCACAGCAACAUCAGACGCAGCAGCAGCAACAGCAGCAGUCUGGCAACCUCAACAACAGUGGCAACCUCAACGCAUCCGUUUUCAAUGAGCGCACCAUGGCUUUGGCAGCAGCAGCAGCAGCAGCGGCGGCGGCAGCAGCAGCGCCAAACAGCGCAGCCUGCGAAACAGCAGCAGCAGCGGCGGCAGCGGCAGCAGCAUGGGGCGUUGGAGGAGGCGUGGCUGGCAGUGUUGAGGCCUGUUCGGGUGCUGCGUCGCCGUCGAGCAACUGCGGCGACAGCGACAAGGAUGAGAAGGUGGAGAAUAUACCCAAGGGUCUCGUCCAGUGGCGAGACGCAGUCGCUCGCUCCCACACCACGGCACAACUGGCAAUGGCUCUCUACGUGCUCGAGUCCUGCGUGGCAUGGGACAAGAGCAUCAUGAAGGCGUAUGCAACGCCCGCAAAGAACAACAACAAGUCUAGCAAGAGGAAGAGCAAUGCCAAAAAGCAAGCAACACCAAAGAAGAAGCAACAGCAGCAACAGCAAACACCACAAGACUCUAAACAAAAGCAAUCGUCCAAAAAGGAGAAAGAUAAGAAGCAGCAGUCCAACAGUAAAACAACGCCAAUCAAAUCGAAGCAGAAGCAAAAGGAAAAUACGAAAGAGACGCAACCAGCAAAAGCUGCAGUUACCAUUAAAAUCAAUUUGAAAGCAUUGGCGCAAAACGGUUGCAACUCCAACUCCAAUACGAACACGAACUCGAACAUGACAACGAACUCGGACUGCAACUCGGACACGGACGGGGACAGUGACGGCAAAACGAAUGCGAACGGCAAACGUAAAAGACAUGGACGACGUUCCGGCACUACUACAAACUCUUGCAAAUAUUCAAACUCCUUACAGAACUGCCAGUUUUGCACGUCCGGCGAGAACGAGGACAAGCUACUGCUCUGCGAUGGCUGCGACAAGGGCUAUCACACCUACUGCUUCAAGCCCAAAAUGGACAACAUACCCGAUGGCGAUUGGUACUGCUACGAGUGCGUCAACAAGGCGACCAAUGAGCGCAAGUGCAUCGUUUGUGGCGGACAUCGUCCCUCGCCCGUUGGCAAGAUGAUCUACUGUGAUCUGUGUCCGCGUGCCUAUCACGCCGACUGCUACAUUCCGCCGCUAUUGAAGGUGCCGCGUGGCAAGUGGUAUUGCCACGGCUGCAUCACUCGUGCCCCGCCACCCAAGAAACGCAGCGCGGCCAGCAGCAGCAGCGGCGGUGGUGGUGGUGGUGGCGCAGCUGGUGGCGGUGCAGGUGGCGGUGGUGGUGGCAGCAGCAGCAAAUCGCGACGGGAUCGCGAUGCGAGCACAGCUGCCAAGCGCAGAGGCAACGAUAAGCAUCAACUGAUGAUGGCCACAGCUAGUGGCAGUCUCGAACAAUUGUGCCCCAUCGAUCCACACCAACAGCAGCAGCAGCAGCAACACCAGCAACAGCAGCAGCAACAAAUAUUGUUGCACAGCUCGCAGCAGUCGCUGAACUCCUCGCACGAUGAGUCGAUGACAUCUCUGCCAGCGCCGCUUAGUCCGGCGCAUUCGAUUGCCUCUGCCACGUACGAUGAGCAGCAUCACAACAACUCCAUCGAUGGCAGCCGCUUUGCCUCGCAUCUGGGCAGCAGCAGCAACAACGUUGUUGGCGCUGUGCAACUGGAGGAUGGCGGCAGCGCCACGUUUGCCACAAACUAUGCAACGCCCAGCAGUAGCAGCAGCAGUGGCAACUUUGGUGUGUUGCCCACUCAGCCAGCACAGGCGAUGCAAUUUGUGGCAGCAAUGUCGUCGCCGCGUGCAGUGACACCGACAAGGACACCGACGCCAACGCUGGCAGCAACACCGACGCCAGUGGCGACGCCAACAGCACCGCCAGCACCACCGCCACCAACAGCCACGUUGCCAGUGGUGUUGCCGGCGCCCAUGCAGCCAGUGCUGUUGCAGGCGUCGCCAACAGCGCUGCUCAAUGUGGCCUGUCAAUCGCCACCGCAACAGCAGCAACAGCAGCAGCAGGCACAGCUGAUGGCAAUGCCAUCGCCAAGGACAUGCACACCAACGCCGCCAGCGGGUGUAACGCAAAUGUCGCCGCCACCCAUCAAUAUACAUGCCAUACAGGAGGCCAAGGAGAAGCUGAAGCAGGAGAAGAAGGAGAAGCAUGCCACCAAGAAGCUGAUCAAGGAGCUCAACGUCUGCAAGACGCUGCUCGGCGAAAUGGAGCUUCAUGAGGAUUCGUGGCCAUUUCUGUUGCCGGUGAACACCAAACAGUUUCCCACAUAUCGCAAGAUCAUUAAGACGCCCAUGGAUCUGUCCACAAUCAAAAAGAAACUGCACGAUUUGAGCUACAAGAGUCGCGAGGACUUUUGCGUGGAUGUGCGCCAAAUCUUUGACAACUGCGAGAUGUUCAACGAGGAUGAUUCACCUGUGGGCAAGGCGGGGCAUGGCAUGCGCAAGUUCUUCGAGUCCCGUUGGACCGAACUCACCGACAAACACUCCUGAUAUACCCAACCAAGUACAGCAGCAGCAGCAGCAGCUGAAGAAACCACAGCAACAACUGGAAGUACAA